UAUUGCCCCAUACACAGGCAGGCAUACGACGACCUCGAAGGUCGUCGUGCUUUUGAGGUUAAGUUCACUGGUGGUGAUAUCAACUCGCUCGAACGUUUUCUCUCUUCUGAUUUUUUUCUUUCUUUCUUUCUUUCUUUCUUUCUUUCUUUCUUUUUUUUCUUUUCUUUUUUUUUUUUUUUUGUAUCUUGAACGUGCCUGAGAAAUUUGUCUCAAUGAAUAUCAUCGCACGGCAUUUUCUAUCGUUAUCGAGAAAACGUGCGAUUGGCACCGAGAGAUUUAUCGGAACAUCAAAAUUGUUCGUGAAAAACACCUGCUGUUACCCAUUCGAUCGCGUAAAUCAUCGCAAAAAGUCGUAAUAAUCGUCGGUUGCCGAAUGCAAUUAAUGCAUAAAAAUAUCGAACGUGGCUCGCGAUUUCUUAAUUUCACUUACAAGUCUCGCGUUACGAGGUUAACCACCAAGCAACUUUCUCAUGCGGCCCGUACUUCAAUACUUUCUGUGAUACGUGCUGGUUUAUAAAACAAGUUUGACGUGCAUUUAUCAAUUACUGAUCAUUCGAAAAUGUAGAAUGAACAAGUAUUGCUAUUUUUUGUGUGUCAAGGAUAUAUCAAUCGAACCCUAUGAUUCUUUUUUUGCAGAAUUCAGAAAAAUGAUUUUCCUGCGUUAUACCUGCUUCUUAAUCUCGUUAGUUACUGUACGGGCGGAUUUCAACAUUUCAACGCACGAUCUUAAAGUGUUACUUUAUCAAAGAAAAACUUUCGACGUAUACUUGACGAAUUAUACUGCAUUAGAAAAUAUAACAGUAAGCCUAAAUGUAAACCAUAAGGAUUUGAUUUUGGUCGAGCCAUCAGAAUUUAAUGUUAUGUUGAAUGAAUCACAUAAGAUAAAUGUAACGGGUAUUGGUGCUGGACAUUCGAUUAUCAGUCUGAACGUUGUACCUUCGGAUGCUGUACAUUUUUCGGAAGCAUUCGUUAGAGUGACAGUGGAAAAGUCGGAUACGAUUUAUCACGUUAGCAUUGUAGUCGGAUGGAUAUAUUUCUUGGCAUGGAGUAUAAGCUUUUAUCCACAGAUAUAUAGUAAUUACAAACGCAAAAGCGUCGUAGGUCUUAACUUUGACUACUUGUCGCUUAAUAUCGUUGGAUUUAUCAUGUAUGCAUUGUUUAAUUGUUGCCUUUUUUGGAUACCAGAGAUAGAGCAAGAGUACUUUAAUAGGUAUCCAAAGGGAUUGAAUCCUGUACAAGUUAAUGAUAUAUUUUUUUCUCUACAUGCAGUAUUCGCCACUGUGAUAACUAUCAUCCAAUGUUUUAUAUAUGAGGCUGGUUCUCAAAGAGUAUCCACGACAGCGCGUAUUAUUCAUGGAAUAUUCGCGAUAUUUAUACUUAUUUCUAUGUUAUUGGCCAUAACGGUAGUAAUUGCAUGGCUCGACUUUUUAUACUACUGCAGUUAUGUUAAACUGUGUAUAACUCUUAUCAAAUACGUGCCACAAGCGUUUUAUAACUACAGGAGGAAGUCCACUGUUGGUUGGAGCAUUGGAAAUAUAUUUUUAGAUUUCACUGGUGGUAUACUGUCGAUGCUACAGAUGAUAUUGAAUGCAUAUAAUUAUGACGACUGGGAGAGCAUUUUUGGAGAUCCAACUAAAUUUGGACUGGGAUUCUUUUCUGUAGCAUUCGAUGUAUUUUUCAUUAUACAACAUUAUGUUUUAUACAGAUUUAUCAGUGAAAAAGAAAUCGACCUGAAUGGCAAAGUAUAAGCAACAUCUGUCAACGACAUAUUUUUAGCAUCAUCCAAUAAUCAUCCAUUAUAUCUUUCAAUAAAAUAAAAGAUCGAACCAUUAAGUAAUCUAUAUAGCUAGAAUAAUGACUUAACGGUCGGUCCUAACAAUGGAAAUGCCUGAGCAAUAAGGAAGCAAAAAUCGUUUAUUAUACAGUAGAAUUCAUCUUAUUUAUUUUUGUGUUAGUAUUAUAUGAUUGCAUAUAAAUGAAACGCGAAAGUAUUUUGAUUAUAAAUACGUAUGAUAUUAACACAGUAUUAUAUUAUAAACGUUAAAGAAACAAUUAAUAGAGCUAGAAUUUGUAUUUGAGAAACGAUGAAAUAAUGAUGUUGUUUAAGGUAUAUAAUAUAAAAGAAAAUGAUAUACGAAUAUUUAACAAAGUUAGAUGAAAGUUCGAAUAAAUCGAAAAUUGUUAAGUAUACGCGAUUAAACGUUUCUCUAUAUUUUAUAUUAAUUUUUCUUUUGUUCUAUUUUGGAAAAAUUCUGUUUUGUACAUUUAUAACGAGAUAAGUAAAAUAAAAACAUCAAUAUAUCUGUCCCAGUAUAUUCCCUAUUUAUUCAAAACCGUU